CACAGAUGAGAGGAACGCACACAUGAGUAGGAUGUCCUCAACACAGCAAAGACAGAGGGAACAGAUAUAACUCAUCCACCUAGAAUGCCAUACAAAGUGACAAAUGAGUAGCAGUCUUAUUCCUUCUCAUCACAGAUUGUAAUUCUGACAAGGAUAUGCCUCAUGUCUGGUAAGAUUACUUAUUUUCAGACUCUUAAAACAAUUCAUGCGAACAGUAUUUGUAAACUCAUGAUCACAAAGACUCUCUGCUAGGCAUAUGUCUGUUAUGUCUGAUCAAAAUAUGUUAUCCCACCUAUUAAUUAUAAAGGUGGAAUUUGCUAUACAACUCAUGUAAUGCCUGUAAACUGACAAUGAGGUGUUCAUUUGUCUGACUAUAUAAAUAUAUAUUUUCACAGGGAGUCUCUUUUUGGCAUAUGGCUCAGUGUCCAGUUUUAAUUCGUUAUCAAAAAUUUAAAGUUGAUCAUCCUGACAUCUUAAUAAUAUUCUAAUAGCAGAAGUCACUUGAUUGGUGCCAUAGAAAGUGAUAGUGUUUUCUGUGUGACUUACAAGCAGGUAGCAGGACAGUGGGACAUGAGCCUCACUAGACUCCACUAAUAGUCCUCUAAUGCUCAAUUAUCUGGGGAUCUGCCUGAAAAGCUUAUAAGGACCUUCAACGUAGAGUAUACUCUGUUGCUAGACAGAUUAAGGCAACCCAAUUUAUCCUUGUGUGCAGAGGUGAGCAUGUGAUCAACAAGGUGCAUGUGCACAAUGAAAGUAAUGGUUUGAGUGCUGAGGGUAUUGCUGUUUAAAAAAUAUAUAUAUAUUUAAUUGUGUUACAUACUUUUCAAUAUUUUUUCCAGCUUUUGAGACCACCUGCGAGCGACAUUGUGUAUUCAAAAAUACACAAUUCCUUUUUGGAGUUUUGUAACGGUAUGUCCUACUGUUGGGGUGUUUGUUUGCUUAGCAUUGUUCUGUGACUGGAGCACUUUACCAUAUGUUCAAAACAAAGAGGCUCAAUGACUCAGUCGGCAUCAAGCCAACCCUCAUUUCCUCAUCUGCAUCCUCUAUUUUAACAAAAUGUGUGACCCAGAGAGGAUCUCAGUUUCCUUUUCUGGUUCCUGGGGAUAGGGUUGUGUAGUACAGAGGGAUUUUUCUUGAAAUACAUGGUAUUCAUACAAUCUAUUAUCUACCUUAGAUGUAAAUGUGGAGACUAGCUAUGUAGAGUCCAGUUUGAUCAUUUAUAGUAUUUUAGUUCUCAUUUACAACUGCGACCUGGCCAAGAUAAAGCAAAGCAGUGCGAUAAAAACAACAACACAGAGUUGUAUAUGGGGUAAAACAAAACAUAAAGUCAAAAAUACAACAGAAAAAUAUAUAUACAGUGUGUGCAAAUGUAGCAAGUUAUGGAGGUAAGGCAUAAAUAGGCUAUAGUGCAAAAUAAUUACAAUUAGUAUUAACACUGGAAUGAUGGAUGUGCAAGAGAUGAUGUGCAAAUAGAGAUACUGGGGUACAAAUGAGCAAAAUAAAUAACAAUAUAGGGAUGAGGUAGUUGGGCGGGCUAAUUUCAGAUGGGCUGUGUACAGGUGCAGUGAUCGGUAAGGUGCUCUGACAACUGAUGCUUAAAGUUAGUGAGGGAGAUAAGAGUCUCCAGCUUCAGAGAUUUUUGCAAUUUGUUCCAGUCAUUGGCAGCAGAGAACUGGAAGGAAUGGCGGCCAAAGGAGGUGUUGGCUUUGGGGAUGACCAGUGAGAUAUACCUGCUGGAGCGCAUACUAUGCGUGGGUGUUGCUAUGGUGACCAAUGAGCUAAGAUAAGACGGGGAUUUGCCUAGCAGUGAUUUAUAGAUGGCCUGGAGCCAGUGGGUUUGGCGACGAAUAUGUAGUGAGGACCAGCCAACAAGAGCGUAGAGGUCACAGUGGUGGGUAGUAUAUGGGGCUUUGGAGACAAAACGGAUGGCACUGUGAUAGACUACAUCCAAUUUGCUGAGUAGAGUGUUGGAGGCUAUUUUGUAAAUGACAUCGCCGAAGUCAAGGAUCGGUAGGAUAGUCAGUUUUACGAGGGCAUGUUUGGCAGCAUGAGUGAAGGAGGCUUUGUUGCGAAAUAGGAAACCGAUUCUAGAUUUAACUUUGGAUUGGAGAUUCUUAAUGUGAGUCUGGAAGGAGAGUUUACAGUCUAACCAGACACCUAGGUAUUUGUAGUUGUCCACAUACUCUAGGUCAGACCCGUCGAGAGUAGUGAUUCUAGUCGGGUGGGCGGGUGCAAGCAGCGUUCGGUUGAAGAGCAUGCAUUUAGUUUUACUAGUGUUGAAGAGCAGUUGGAGGCUACUGAAGGAGUGUUGUAUGGCAUUGAAGCUCGUUUGGAGGUUUGUUAACACAGUGUCCAAUGAAGGGCCAGAUGUAUACAAAAUGGUGUCAUCUGCGUAGAGGUGGAUCUGAGAGUCACCAGCAGCAAGAGCGACAUCAUUGAUAUACACAGAGAAAAGAGUCGGCCCAAGAAUUGAACCCUGUGGCACCCCCAUAGAGACUGCCAUAGGUCCAGACAACAGGCCCUCCGAUUUGACACAUUGAACUCUAUCUGAGAAGUAGUUGGUGAACCAGGCGAGGCAGUCAUUUGAGAAACCAAGGCUAUUUAGUCUGCCAAUAAGAAUGCGGUGGUUGACAGAGUCGAAAGCCUUGGCCAGGUCGAUGAAAACGGCUGCACAGUACUGUCUAUUAUCGAUCGCGGUUAUAAUAUCGUUUAGGACCUUGAGCGUGGCUGAAGUGCACCCAUGACCAGCUCGGAAACCGGAUUGCAUAGCGGAGAAGGUACGGUGGGAUUCGAAAUGGUCGGUGAUCUGUUUGUUAACUUGGCUUUCAAAAACUUUCGAAAGGCAGGGCAGGAUGGAUAUGGGUCUGUAACAGUUUGGAUCUAGAGUGUCACCCCCUUUGAAGAGGGGGAUGACCGCGGCAGCUUUUCUGCCUAUUACAGAUGUCAUAUAAUUAUCUCUGGCUGUAUUUGACUCUCCUCUCCUCUUGUUGCAGGUGCAAGACAGGAAAUAGUCUGAUUCACACACUUCUCACAGGAGCUUCCUGUUUCCUCAGCUCUUACAUUCUAACAACAUGAAGCAUUCGUCACAUUCUUUCAGUAGAUUAAUGAAGCAAAGUCCUGUCCCAAUGGAAUACUGACAAUAUACUGGCUUGGCGUUGACUGUUGACGUAUGCUCCCAAUUGAGAUUAAUCCAGGAAAACAACACGGAUGGCCUUAAUUGCUAAAUAAAAGCACGGUCAUUAUCCAGACCUGUUGAACGGCUGCUCCAAGAUGGCAGACCCCAGCUCGCUCUUGGUCACUGAUGGGGAAGUGCUGAGUCAGGCUGAAGUGGAUCAAUAUAUCCUCUCUGGCUUGGCUGAAGUUGAUUCGUGUGAGUUGGGGUUCACUAGGAAGUAUGAACUUAUCCCAUCCAUCGUCUGCUCAGUAUGCCUUUUGUUAGGCCUCAUCUACUGCUUUUUUGGUAAGUUCCUGACCUGUAAUAGAGGACAGUUGUAACUUCCACAUGUGUAUUCUCAAGACUUACACAUUAAAGACAUGAUAGACAUAUCUACAAUUCAAUUACAGUAUUUCCACAAAACACUCCAAUGCUCCACUGUAGAUACAUCAUUAUUUAAUUCCCAGUUGACCUUUAACCUCAUCAUACUAACUUAAACUAUUUCAUCAGCUCACUCUAAGCCUUAUAGUAAAAACAGGAGGGCCAGGUGUCUGGGCUGGGCUAGCCAGGGGUAUAAUGGAUAAGCUCCAGACUAGGAGAGAGGCAGAUGGGCCUCCUGGUUCUGUUGCAUUCCUCUGCGAGAAAGUCAAGAAACAGCCACCUGGGAGGAUGCAGGCAGCCUCCUGGCCUGGUCCAAAUCCAGUAAAUCCAACAGAUGCACUUGCUGUGAAUGUUGAUGUCUGAUAAAAAAAAACACUUCGUUUUUCUUAAGCAGACUAUGCAUAAUGUGAUGUAUACUUUCUCUCUAAUAUUCUGUAAACUGUACAGUACACCAAAGGGAAACUCUGACGUCUACAAAUUACUUCUUUAAAAAAAACAAUCCCUUCUCAGUCAAACUUAGUUCACUUUAGUACACUUUGUUUCCUUCUCCAUCUUGUUACUUAACAUCCCCCCACUUGUCUCUCUUUCUUUAGGAUACCGUUGCUUUAAGAUGGUUAUGUUCCUGUCAGGCUUCAUUUUUGGGUCUACACUAGUCUGCCUGUUGUACCUUAAGGAGCCUGUGCUGGAUACCCAGUUGAGUAUGGAGACCAAAGCAGGCAUCCUCCUGGGAGUGGCUGUACUCUGUGGCCUGGUGACUAUGCUGGUACAGACUGUGGGGCUCGUCAUUACCGGCCUAGAGCUGGGGUGUCUGAUCACCCUUGCCAACCUACUGGUUGUCAGACAGUUUUACAGCCUUACCCCACUAUGGGCGCCUCUUGGUGCACUCCUGGCCACGAGCACAUUUUGUGCCACUCUCACACUGCAGUGGCAGAAACAAUUCACUGUGCUCUCCACGGCAGCAGUCGGAGCCGCUGUGGUGAUGGCAUGCGUGGACGACUUUGUAGAGACGUCGCUGCUGGCUGGCCAUGCAUACGACAUCCUGUCUCAGGUUCCCCCUCGCCCCCUCUGCUGGUACAGCUGGGUUAUAACAGCCGUGUUUCCUCUAUUCAGUCUGAUGGGGGUAGUGGUGCAAUGGAUGCUCACUGCCAAAGGAGUGUCCCACACAGAAGGUGAGUGGCACAGUUUCAUCAAAAAUAUGGAAUGCUUACUUCCUCGAUGUCAUCACUACUUCAUUUGAUACUUAGGUUAAAUUUAACAUGUACACUGACUGGUUACAAGUUACAACAUAAUUAUCUCUUUUUCUGUCCCAUGCUAAUUUACAUUGAAUGCCCCCCAGUACCUGUCAGUGGAGGACAAAGACAGGUCCAACUGAUGCGAAUCAGACAGAGAGAUGCCCAGAGACGACCCCAGCAGGGCAUUUUCCGCCAUCGCAAGCCUCCAAUUCUACAGCGUUAUGCUGGAGACGUCCUGGCCCCAGUGAGUUACUUCACUCCUAAUGGGCAUGUCCUAAUGGGCAUGAAUGAGCUUGAUUGAAACACUUUUUUUUUUUUAAUGUUAUGCACAUAGAUAAUAAACAAUUAGUUGCAUGUCAUGUUUUAAAAGAUAGAAACAAUUGACCAAUAUAAACAUUUAAAAAAUCAUCCUAGACAAUAAUGCAACAAUAAUGUUUUCCUUACCACUUUACCUUACAGAGUUACAUCCAGAGCUUUCGUGACCGACAGAUGGGUACAGGUUCCUCUAGCAGCAGCAUCAUCAGCAACAGCACAGUCAACCACACCAUGAUACUUUGACUUUGAGACAGGCUUCAUGGUUCCCCUGACUGUCUCCUCCCUAGUCUAUAGGGUCUGAGGGACAACCACCAAAUAGUAGGCAUCACCUCCCAGUUCCACUAAGGUGCCCAACACCUCUCUCCAGCAGACAAUUCAUAGACUGUUCUUUUUUUUUUUUUUUUUUUUUUUGCAACAGACUGAUUCUUGAGACAAGAGAUUUACCUUGUUGUUUUGUUUAUUAUUCACAGUCUUUCUAAGGUAUCAGACAGUCAAUCGUAAUAUAACCAUUGAUCAUUCCUUAAAUAAAUAAAAUUGCUUUAUUUUGGUCUGUUUGCUAAUAUACAUUUUAGUGAAGACAUCCAUUGUUACAGUUUUAUGCACAGUGUACAAGAGGGGGAAAUAUAGUUUUGGGGAUUUACGUACAUUGUACAUGCCUUGCACAAGAGAUAUAGUAUUUAAACAUUUUUGUCACUCUUCUGUUGUCAAAGUAAAUAAACAUCCUUAAAUGUUACUAUUGUU